AUGAAGAGGAAUCCUCAGUUUUCCUUAAGAACUCCUGAAGGCUGCAGUCUGGCCAGGGCCAUUGCAUUCAAUCGCCACAAUGUGGAGAUAUUUUACAAUUUGUUGGAAGAAGUACUUGUUCGCGGUCAAGGGUUUCUCCAGGGAACAAGGAUAUACAAUUUGGAUGAGACAAGUACGACUACAAAUGCUAAAACUCAGCGGAAGGUCAUAGCAGAAAGGGGAGUCAAGCAAGUGUCGUCUGUGACAAGUGGAGAAAAGGGAACAACAUGUGUGAUCAUUGCAGGUGAUGGCAACUGCUUACCCCCUGCCAUGGUCUUACCAAGAAAAAAGUUCAAGAGUUGUAUGUUGAAUCAAGCGCCACCUGGAACAUUGGGCCUAGCAACACCAAGUGGGUGGAUGAAUUGUGAACUAGUCGUUGAAACAAUGAAGCAUUUCAUCAAGUUCAGUGGGAGCUCAAUUGAUAAUCCCUCCUUAUGA